AUGAAGCGUCGAUUGAGAUCCCCUCAAUCUCGUACACCGUUAUACAGAUCGGAGCGGGACUCGGAAAGCGGCACAGGCACAGGGAAUUGGACUCCUGAUAGUUCUGAUUCUUCCAAUGGUGAUGACAGGAAUGAGUUGGCCGUUCACUCGCUGGCUGAAGAAAACACAGAAUCCCGCAAGAACUGUACGGAAGGGUCGCAGGGCAAUGCUCAUACUUCGCAAGCAACACGGACGCCUUCCAGUAGCGACCACAAAACGACAGACAAGAGGUGGAGAGCGCUCAUGUACCUUAGUGUGGAACAAUUCCUGAAGCUAGGCAUUAUCCAAAAGAUAAUCGAGAACUUACAUGACGACGAUCUGGUCCACGUCAUGGAGCAAGCCCUGAACAUCGAAGAUCUCGAUUUCACUAUACAGAGAAGGGUCCAAUACGAGGUUCUCUGCACGCCCCAGAAGCAGCGCAUCGAUUAUCUCAACCACUACCUGCAAGAGGGUGCCGAGACUUACGACAUCAAGACAAAUACAAAACCCGCGCUUCACAGUAUGCUCUAUUACUUCUGUGUAAAAAACCCGAAAAAGAAGAGAGGAAUGCUCCUCGACCAACUGCAUCAGAUAUCGACGCUGAAGGCAUUUAAUGCCCUUGCUCGGCAGAUCUGGUGUCUUCCUGCAGAGGAGAGAGACAAGCUGGGAGACGAUGCAAUCCAAUACCAUGAGCAGCGACAUGAAGUCGAUCCAAAGUACUGGCUUCCUUGGGGGUGGUGA